CAAUAGAACAAUAAACAACCCAUGAAGUUGUGAUUCACAUUAUUAAACAAGGUUUACAGACUUCCAGGACAUGGAAUGUCCAACCUUCAUGGUAGCAAAGUUAGCUAACCCUGUACCCAAAGGCCCAACGGUGUGCCAAAGUACUUCCACUCACUUAGAAUCUCAGACCAAAGGCAGAUGUCAAAUAGAUAUAAAGACAUGUAUAGAUUGGUACUACUGAUUUGGAGAUGAUCAAGAUGAAGCCCAACAAAGUAAUCUCCUCCAAAGAUGAGAAGAAGGACAUUCCAACAACACAGCUCAUCUUCUUAGGUCAGUGGGUUUUUGUUCUGCUGUUUCUUCCUUGCUGUACCUCGGCUGCUUGUGAUCAAGUGGAUCGCAACGCUCUCUUGUCCUUGGCUUUCAAGGUCUCAUUACCAUUGAACUGGUCGGCUGCCUCCGACUGCUGCUAUUGGGAAGGAAUAGUCUGUGGCCUUGAUGAUCGAGUCGUUCAUCUCUGGCUGCCUGGGAGAGGCUUAAGAGGUUCAAUCUCUCCAGCUAUCACCAACCUCACAUUUCUCACCCACCUCAAUCUUUCCAACAAUAGGCUGUUGGGUCUGCUCCCAGAUAGAUUGUUUUCCUCCCUCUUUCGCCUCCAAGUUCUAGACUUGAGCUUCAAUCGUCUCAACGGCCACUUACCAAUUUCAUCUAAUGAAGCUAGCAAGCUUCAGAUUGUAGACUUGUCCAGCAAUUACUUCAAUGGAACAAUCCCAUCUUCGAUCCUCAUCCCAUCCGUCGCUGCAGGCUCUCUCGCCACUUUCAAUGUCAGCAAUAACAGCUUUGCUGGCUCCAUUCCCAUCUCUGUUUUCUGCAAAAAUGGUAGCAAUCACAGCAACCUUACCAUCUUGGACUUCUCCUUCAACAAAUUCAGUGAACCAAUUUUCACCGGACUCGGCACUUGUUCGAAGCUCCAAGUCUUCCGGGCAGGCUUCAAUAAUCUGUCUGGCCCUCUCCCUGAUGACAUUUUCGACCUUGCUGAUCUCCAACAGCUUUCUCUGCCUGUCAAUCGCUUGUCAGGACACAUUGGUGAUGGCAUUGUGCGUUUAACCAAUCUGAAGCUGCUGGAGCUCUACUCGAACCAAUUGGCGGGGCCAAUACCAAGCCAAAUUGGUAACCUUUGCAGGUUGGAAGAGCUAGCUCUCCACAUCAACAUCCUCACAGGUGCCUUGCCUGAAUCUCUCAACAACUGCACAAAUCUAUCCACCUUGAAUUUGCGGGUCAAUUAUAUGGAUGGAGAACUCUCUGCCUUCAACUUCUCUACACUCCAACGCCUCACCACACUCGACCUUGGCAACAACAACUUCGCUGGUGAGUUACCACAAAGCCUCUAUUCUUGCAAGUCACUAACGGCAGUUAGAUUCGCUAAUAACCGGCUCAUAGGCCAGAUAUCACCUGAAAUAGGUGGACUAGAGUCCCUGGCUUUCCUAUCCAUCUCUAACAACUUCUUAAGCAAUGCCGCUGGGGCUUUUAAAAAUUUAAGGAGUUGUAAGAAUCUGACCACUCUGGUGCUAUCCAAGAGUUUUAUGAAUGAACCCUUGCCGGAUGAUGAAAGCCUAGUAGACUCUGGUGGAUUUCAGAAUAUACAGGUUUUUGCCCUGGGUGGCUGCAAUUUCACAGGUCAAGUUCCUCCCUGGUUUGGCAAGCUUAAGAAACUUGGAGUCUUGGACUUGUCAGUUAACCUCUUAACCGGUCCAAUUCCCAGUUGGUUUGCUACUCUGCCUAGCCUUUUCUACAUGGAUUUGUCCAAUAAUAACCUUACUGGAGGAUUUCCUAAGGAGCUCUGUGGGAUGCCAGGUUUGACAUCGAAAGAGGCCAUCGAUCUAGCGGACAGAAGUUAUAUAGAGUUGCCGGUCUUUGUGAAUACCCAAGCUGCAACUAAUCAGCAGUACAAUCAGCUGUCCAGCCUCCCUCCAGCUAUAUAUCUAGGUAAUAACUGCCUUGGCGGCAAUAUCCCCACCGAGAUAGGGCAAUUGCAGUUCAUUCUCGUGUUGGACCUUAGUCGCAACAGCUUCUCUGGUAGCAUCCCUGAUCAAAUACGUUUUCUCACCAACUUAGAGAAAUUGGAUCUCUCCUAUAACCAUCUAUCUGGUGAAAUCCCUGCUUCUAUCAAAAGUCUGCAUUUCUUGUCUUCCUUCAGUGUGGCAUACAAUGAUCUUCAGGGACUAGUACCAUCUGGAGGUCAGUUUAAUACUUUUACCAACUCCAGCUUUGAAGGGAAUCCAGGAUUAUGUGGCCCUCCAAUGUUGAGUCGUUCUUGCCUCGAAAUGCCUCGGAGCCCUGGAGCAGUAUUUCGGACAACUAAUACUCACACAUAUGAGACAAAGAAGAUUCUUAUUGCACUUGUCUUUGGGAUCUUUUUUGGCAUUGGUUUUGGUAUUGGUUUUACUAUUGAUGAUGCAAAAAUACCAUUUCAUGGUUGGUGUAUGAACAAAUUAAUUUAGUUACGUGUUCAUAUGUAUUAGUAGGUUUUCAUGUAAAUGUUUUGAUCCAUGCAUGGUAAUUCAUCAAGCAUGCAAGUGAUAUUUUUCUUUAUCAUGAAUGUA